CAGGUAACUCUAGUGCAGUGAAGCGGAGACGGUCACGUGACUUUGGAUGGAUUUCCUUUUCAGUCCUCGCGCUGCUUGAACAUGCUCCGGUUGUUUAGUAAAGUUAAAUGUUCAUCCUGUUUUUUAUUCCCAUGUCUCCUGUUACAGUGGAUGGAAAUUCGGGCUGUCUGAGCUGCACUAACGUCCAUGAGCAAAGUUCUAUCCAACAUCCCAUUCUGAAAGAAGCCAAAGUUGGAUUUGAACUGACACCUAAACAUUAUAUCUGGAGGAAGACCAAGAUCACCUGAUUCCAGCAAACAUGGAUGGAAGACCCACCUGUGACCAGUGUGGAAAGACUUUCACCACAAUGAGUGCGAUGAAGAAACACCAACGUAUCCACACUGGAGAAAGACCAUAUGACUGUGAUCAGUGUGGGAAGAAUUUCACCACAAUGAGUGGGCUGAUUGAACACUUACGCAUCCACACGGGAGAAAGACCAUAUGACUGUGAGCAGUGUGGGAAUACUUUCACCAGAAUGAGUGGGCUGAAGAAACACCUUCGCAUCCACACAGGAGAGAGACCAUAUGACUGUGACCAGUGUGGGAAGACUUUCACCAGAAUGAGUGGGCUGAAGGAACACUUAUGCACCCACACUGGAGAAAGACCAUAUCACUGUGACCAGUGUGGAAAGACCUUCACUUUGGCAAGUAGGUUAAAAAGGCACCAACGUAUCCACACGGGAGAAAGAUCAUAUUACUGUGACCAGUGUGGGAAGACUUUGACCACAAUGACUGGGCUAAAGGAACACUUACGCCUCCACACUGGAGAAAGACCAUGUCACUGUGAUCAGUGUGGGAAGACUUUGACCACAGUGACUGGGCUAAAAGAACACCUACGCAUCCACACUGGAGAAAGACCUUAUCACUGUGACCAGUGUGGGAAGACUUUCACUUUGGCAAGGAAUUUAAAAAAGCAUCAACGCAACCACACUGGAGAAAGACCAUAUUAUUGUGACCAGUGUGGGAAGACUUUCACCUUGGCAGAUAGUUUAAAAAAGCAUCAACGCAGCCACACUGGGGAAAGAUCACAUGACUGUGACCAGUGUGGGAAGACUUUUAUCUCAGCAGGUAACUUAAAAAGGCACCAACGCAUCCACACUGGAGAAAGACCGUAUGACUGUGACCAAUGUGGGAAAGCUUUCACCAGUAUUAGUUGUCUGAAGGAGCACUUACACAUCCAUACUGGAGAAAGACCAUAUCACUGUGACCAGUGUGGAAAGACUUUGACUACAAUGAGGGGGCUGAAGAAACACCUACGUAUCCACACUGGAGAAAGACCUUAUCACUGUGACCAGUGUGGAAAGACUUUGACUACAAUGAGUGGGCUGAAGGAACACCUUCGCAUCCACACUGGAGAAAGACCAUAUAACUGUGACCAGUGUGGGAAGACUUUCACUUUGGCAAGUAAUUUAAAAAAGCAUCAACGUAGCCACACUGGAGAAAGACCAUAUCACUGUCAUCAGUGUGGGAAGACUUUCAUCUCAGCAAGUAACUUACAAAGGCACCAGCGCAUCCACACGGGAGACAGACCAUAUAACUGUGACCAGUGUGGGAAGGCUUUCACCAGUAUGAGUUGGCUGAAGGAACACCUACACAUCCACACUGGAGAAAGACCGUAUGACUGUGAUCAGUGUGGGAAGACUUUCAGAUUCUUGUCUACUUUACGUACUCACUGCCGUGUUCACCGCAAGAACUUGAUGUACCCCUGUGAUAGGUGCACGAAGGUAUUCUGGUCAUCUUCCUCUUACAGGUAUCACCAACAGACCCAUAUUAGAUAAAAUCCCAACCAGUGCAGAUCUGGAGACAGAUCUUUUGUCAGAGGUUCACAAUGUACCAAACAUGAACGUGUCAAACAUUUCCACAAAAGACAAAAACUAACAGUUGUACAAAAAGUAAGACUCUGGACAAUCAGUGUCAUAACACACCAAAACAGCUGGAGUGUUAGCAAUGUCCAAACAGAUUCUGGUGAAUCUGAACAUGAUCUUCUCUCUCGAAUCAUCAGCGCAGAUGUGAAUCAUCAACAUCUGGACCAAACGGUACCUCAGCAUCAGAUGACAAGAAGAAACACAGUGUGUCUGAACCAGCAGCAACCACUUCUUCUGACAGGAACAUCAGACUUCAAAACCUCCAGAUCAGGCUUCACAGGAUCCAGAUGUGAAGACAAACACCAGACUGAAAGCUGUGUUUUGUUGUCUUCAGAGUACAGAACUGUGUUCUAAUGCACCACCUUCACAAAACAGUGACAUUACAGAAGCUCCACCUACCACCAGGAAGAAAAGUUCAACUAGUGGAGGUCAACAAGGACUUGGUUUCUAUUCAGAUACUACUUCUGAUUGACUUUGUGGACAUUGAAUCAGUUGGAGGUCGCGUUAACCAAAAAUAUUCCGUCAUUAACAGAUUUUUUUU